AUGGUCUACCACAAUCUCAAAGCGCUGAUCAAAGGCAUCCGGGCCUGUAAAACCGUCGCAGACGAGCGAGCACUCAUCCAGCAAGAGAGCGCGGCGAUCCGAGCCUCGUUUCGCGAAGAAGACUCGUACGCGCGCCACAACAAUGUCGCGAAACUGCUGUACAUCCACAUGCUCGGCUCGCCGGCGCACUUUGGGCAGAUCGAGUGCCUCAAGCUCGUCGCGCAGCCCAAGUUCUCCGACAAACGCCUCGGAUACCUCGGCAUCAUGCUCCUGCUCGACGAGUCGCAGGAAGUGCUGACGCUCGUGACCAACUCGCUCAAGAACGACAUGAACCACGCGAACAUGUACGCCGUCGGCCUGGCCCUGUGCACCUUUGCGAAUAUCGCGAGCGAGGAGAUGGCGCGGGACUUGGUCAACGAGAUCGAGAAGCUGCUCGGGUCCAGCAACACCUAUAUCCGGAAGAAGGCCGCGUUGUGCGCGUUGAGGGUCAUCAAGAAAGUGCCGGAGCUGGCCGACCAUUUCGUCGCAAAGGCCAAGAACCUGCUCACGGACCGCAACCACGGCGUACUGCUCACAGCCAUCACACUCGUCAUCGACAUGGUGCAGGCAGACCCGGCGAUCAUGGACGAAUUCCGUGGCGCUGUACCGCUGCUCGUGCGACACUUGAAGCAGCUCGUGACCACUGGAUACAGCCCGGAGCACGACGUUGGAGGGAUCACGGACCCGUUCUUGCAGGUCAAGGUCUUGAGGCUCAUGAGGUUGCUGGGCAAGGGAGAUCCGCAGGCGAGUGAGACGAUGAACGAUAUCCUCGCCCAGGUUGCUACGAAUACGGAUGGGACGAAGAAUGUUGGAAACGCUAUCCUCUACGAGACCGUGCUGGCUGUGCUGGAGAUCGAGGCCGACGACGGGUUGAGGGUGAUGGCCAUCAACAUCCUCGGCAAGUUCUUGAGCAACAGGGAUAACAAUAUUCGCUACGUCGCCCUCAACACCCUCAACAAAGUCGUCUCAAUGGACACAAACGCCGUCCAACGCCACCGCAACACCAUCCUCGACUGCCUCCGCGACGGCGACAUCUCCAUCCGCCGGCGCGCCCUCGAACUCUCCUACGCCCUCAUCAACGACCAAAACGUGCGCAUCAUGGUCCGCGAGCUCCUCGCCUUCCUCGAAGUGGCCGACAACGAGUUCAAGCUGGGAAUGACCACCCAGAUCUCGCUCGCCGCCGAACGCUUCGCGCCGAACAAGCGCUGGCACAUCGACACGAUGCUCAGGACGCUGAAGUUGGCGGGGAAUUAUGUGCGGGAGGAGAUUCUGAGCGCGUUCAUACGGCUUGUGGCGCAUACGCCUGAGCUGCAGGCGUAUACGGCGAGCAGGCUGUAUCAGGCGCUGGAGACGGAUAUCAGUCAGGAAGGUCUGACGCUUGCGGCAACAUGGAUUAUCGGCGAGUACGGUGACGUGUUGGUCGAGGGCGGAUUGGUAGCCGACGAAGCGCCCAAGCCGGUCACAGACGCCCAACUCAUCGACCUGCUGUCUUCUAUUCUCGACUCGCCAUACUCCAACCCUCUCACACGCCAACAUAUCGUCACGGCUGUGACGAAGAUUGCUGCGCGGCCCAGUACGAGCGUCGCUCAGCAGACGCGUGUAAAUGAGUUGCUUGCUACGUAUACCACCAGUCUAGAGCUGGAGAUUCAGCAACGCUCUGUCGAGUUCGCAAGUCUGUUCGCUCUUGGUGAUGUCCGUGCUGGUGUACUGGAGAGGAUGCCGCCGCCCGAGCUUCGCGCGACAAUGACCGGUGUUGUCAGCGAGAACAGAAGCGUAGGUAGCACAAAACGCGGCGCCGAGGCGGACCUUCUCGGAGAUGACAUCGGCGCAGCACCAGCAUCAUCCGCGCCCGUCGCAGCAGUGGCCCAAAACAACCAAGACCUGCUCGCCGAGAUCUUCGGUUCGUCAGACCCUACACCAGCCACUGCACCCACCGCCUCCGCAUCCCAACCACAACGGAAAGCCGUAGACGACAUCCUCGGUCUAUUCGGCGCAUCUGCUCCUUCCGCUCCGUCUCCUGCGCCUCCAGCGGGCGCGAUGUCGCCUUUGAGCGGUAUGGCUUCGCCCGUGGGAGGAGCCAGCGCAAGCCAAAGUCUCUUCGACGCGCUAGGCAGCGCACCAUCACCCGCACCACCCCAAGCCGCGCCAGCACCCGCACCCGCCGCCCAAGCCGCAGCAAACCAGAUGCCCAGCUACCAAGCAUACGACAAACACGGCCUACAAAUUCGACUCACCCCGCGCGCCGGCGCACCGGGCCAAGUCAGCGUUCUGGCCCGAUUCGCGGCUGCCGGAGGACCGGUUACGGGGCUGUCGUUCCAGGUGGCGGUGCCGAAGAGCCAGCAGUUGCAGAUGCUGCCUAUGAGCAGUCCGGAUGUGAGUCCGGGGAAGAUCGAGAGUCAGCAGAUGCGGAUUAUCGCGCCGCCGGGGAGCACGAUCAAGUUGAGGUUGCGCGUGAGCUUUAAUGUCGGUGGGCAGCAGGUCCAGGAUCAGGUCGACUUCGCGGGGUUCCCACAGGGCUUGACGAGCGGUGCGAAUGCCUGA